UUUAAUUUCAAUACCUAAUCCUUUUGUUCAGUUCGAGUUUCAUAACUGAGUUCCUUUAGCUUUAUUUCAUUAGCCUGAGAACCUGAAGGUCAAUAUUGACGUCUCCGUAAGGAAGUUCAGAAAUAAACAAAGCGGCUUAUUCAAAUUUCGUCCUUCUUGAGCGGAAUUUUGAUUCACUACCAGGAGCGUUAUAUACAGACGUUCUAAUAAACAUCGUUUCGUAUUUCUAAUAAAUGGCCUAUAAAGUGCACAUAUUCAAUACUUAAGUGACAUACCACUUUGUCCCUGUAACAAAGAACAGUCUCUUAAAAAAUAUGGACAGUUUUAUCAAUCUAUAAUCUGUUUUGACAUUCUUCAGAACCUGAAGUAUGUCGGGCGUUCCUAAUCCCACUGCUAUAAGAGUGGAGAAGGUCGCACCGCCAAUAACAUCAGAAGUUUCUCAAGCACAAAAUAUCACAGUUGUUUCCCGUUUGCCCCCAAAUAAAGGCAUUCAGUAUGCUCGUCCAGCGCACAAUCUCAUUACAGCUCCACGUGAUUCAGUUGUUUCUACGGCUUCUGUUGUUGUUAUACGACCUCUUGGCAAUUCAUCCACUCCAGUGAAUGUAACUGCUGCUUCUACCACAGGUUUGAAAAUCACUCCUAUCGGUCCAUUAAAAAUAUCUACCAUUCAGUCGACAUCGAAUGCAUCACGUCCUAGUUCCAUAACAUCUCAGCCGCAAAGUAGUUCAACAGCAUCGCCUGCAAAGGUGACUAAUCUCAUCACACAUUCCACUCAACCUCAGACUAUCCAAUCGAGUAGUGCCGUACUCAGUGGUUUGGCUGGAAAUUCGAAAGUGCCAAUAACAAAUCAGACAGAGGAAAAGCAAACGUCUCAACGCAAUAUAAUAAGAGAAAUGCAGGUUAGGGUUCCAAACAAGAAAGAUAAGCGUUUCAGUGUGCUGCGUUUCCAUGCAGCUGAUCGAAUUGAUUUGUCAUCAGGUCCUGAGGUCUUUAUGCAACGCGAAAAUAACCUUAAAGCUUUCCGAAGCUUGUACGGAACAACCGAAAUGCCAGACGUUGGGGCUGGUAGUGAAUUUGGCCGUGAAGCUAAAGAAGAAGCGAGGUUAAAGAAAUAUGGUGUUGUACGAGAAAGCUAUAAACCAGACGAUCAGCCGUGGCUAAUGACUGUUGGGAAAGGCAAGGCUAAUCGUCGUCGUUUCAGGGGAGUUCGAGAGGGUAGUGUAUCGGAGAAUGUAGAAUACUUUGUGUUUUGUCAAUGCAAAGAUGGAAAUUUCGAUGCUUACCCAGUAAAUGCUUGGUACAAAAUGAAACCGGAGAUAAAUUAUCGUUUCCUUAAAGAAGAUGAAGCAGAAGCAGAAUACAGUCGUUUGCAUAAAACACUGAAUUUAUUCAAUGUUAUGGUGAAACGGAAACUUACAGAUAAUGCUGGCGGCGAAGAGGAUGCCGAUAUGGAUCGUGAAAUUUCCAAGGGGCUGAAAUUUCUGUCUUCAUUGGGCGAUGCUAAUUCAAGCCAACGGAACAAAACAGAACCGAAAUCCAAAGAUAUGAUGAAGUCAGAGAAUGCCUUAAAGCUUACUGAUUUAGAUGAAUUGGACACUGGUAGUGAAGCGGAUGACGAUGAAGAUGACGAUGAUCUGGAUGAUGAAAAUCAUCAUCAUUCCAAGAAUGCCAAUGCUGAUUCAACGAAAGCAGACGACGGUCCAAGUUCUUCUACUUCUAGUAAGAUGAAAAGCCUUCUAUUCGAUGAUCCAGAUGAUCGCCAGAAAUCAGGAUCUAAAAGUGGUGGACUUUUAAAAGCUUCUGAACGUAUACGGCUAGCAAAGAAAAAACAACGUGUCGCUGCUAUUGUCACAAAAAUGCGACGUGGUGUAAAAAGACGUAAACGAAAAACUGUCAAUAUGAUGGAUUCUUCCGAGGAAGAAGAUGAUCCAGACGAAGAAGCACAGGAUGAAAGUGAAUUAGACGAUCAUGAAGGCGAUGAAGUGGAUUACAUGACUAAUUCAUCAUCAGAUGAAGAGAAAUUGCCUAGCGAAGAGCGUGAAAAAAUUUAUGAAGAAACUGGAGUAGACGAAGAACUUGCAUUGAAAGCUCUCCUCACUGAUAUAAGUAGUGAAGAGGAGGAUAAAUCUGAAAAUGAUGUACCAGAGAUAGAAGAGGAUUCAGUUGAUGAUGAAGCCUAUUCAUCAAAACGACGUAACGAAACAGAUGAUGUCAGAAAGGGAGGAAAAUCUUCAUCAACCUCUCAUAAACCAGAAGCAGAGGAGGAUGCUGGUGGAUUAGAUUCCAGUAAAAAAUUACAUCGAAAUCAUAAAAAACGUCAAAGUAAUGGUUCAGAUGAAAAUGACAGUGGAUCGUCCUCAAGUUCCAGUUCAUCUUCAGCCGAUGAAGAUUCAUCGACUUAUUCUUCAUCUGAUUCUGAAUUAGAUAAUCGACUUAAGUCAAUACAGAAAAAUGUGAAAAAAGCUGAAGUUCUACAAAAACUUCAAGACACAAUCAACGCGUCUUCACUUACAUCAUCAGGAGGAGGUACUACUACUACUACUACUACUGGCAAUAGUUUAUCUGACAAUCAUCAAAUAACAAGUGGUGGUGGUGGUAGUUUAAAACGUUUACCUGGUGGUGAUUCGUCUACACCCGGCGCCGGUGCCACCUCUGCCGCAACCACCUCCGCCUCAGACACACUUUUAGACUCUCCGGCGGCGAAAAAACCACGUACUGAUGGCAUAUCAUCACAAUCAUCCUCGUCCAAUGCACCUGUGAACUCAUCUGAUAAUGAAUUAGUCAGUACAGUAAGAAAGUAUUUAAUGCGAAAACCUAUAACUGUCAGGGAAUUAUUGAAAAAGAUUCGAUUACGUAAAUUAGUCGGUAAGAAUGAAGAUGCUCAAACUGUCUUAGCUAAUGUAUUACGUCAGUUAAGACCUAUUAAGCAAACAAUUAAUGGACAGCAUGUUUUAUCCUUGAAAUAGAGAAUUCACCAACCCCACCGCCCCCCAACCUCUUUUCUGUUUCUCCUUUUUUCUAUGAGCUGUUUUCUUUCUCUUCCUCUCCUUCUUCUCUUUCUCCUUCAGGGUAAUAUGUGUGUAUACUCUUUUUCCGCAUGUACAUAUACAUAUAUUGAAUGUAUAAAAAAUGGUUGUAAAUCUGGAGUUUUUUAUUGUUGACUAUUCUUUGAUAAAAAAAAACUAUUUUGGAGUAA